AGGACGAACACGACUUCCACCCGAUCCUCCCCAAUCAGCUGCCUCUGGCCCCACGUCCGACGCACCCGCCCGAGCCCAGCCCGUCGUCGUCGUCGCCAUCGGGAUAUCCGCUUCCCCGCGGAGCAUACCCGUCGCAUCACCUGUCUCCGGGCCAUAUGCAUGCUCUCUCGGCUCGCCCGGCUCCUCACACUCUUGCGCCGCUGUUGACCGAUCGAGAGACGCUGCUCUCGGCUUCUCGGACACCGCGCUCGCACGAGACCGGCGAUUUCAAGCCGUAUCUGCCCAGCGACCGGCCACCGCCGUCCCACUACGGCAGCCCUACCCGUCGCCUGAACGACCGUCCAGCCGAAUACCUCUCUCCCGGCAAUCCCACGCAAGCUCCAGCCAAGUCGGGCCCGCCCUUUGGAUAUCCUCCACAUCAGCAGCAGCAUCUCGUCGAUCCGCUCCAUCUCCGGCUCCAUGAUGAUCCCGCGCUCUUUCGCAGCCCACGACCCGAGCGCGACGGCCCCGCAGACUCGCCCGGCAUCCGGAUUGACGACACCGGGCCAUUGCCUCCGAUGAACUGGAAGGACUACGACCGACAGCCGGCGUAUGCUUCGCCAGCCCCGUACCCCAGCCUGGAGCGCGGCGACUCUUGGAAACCAUCGCCGACUGCGAGCGGCAGCCCAAACCAGCCGUCCUUUGAACACUCGCACCCACAUCCGCAGGCACAUUUGCAUGCACAUUCACAGGCACAUCCACAAGCCCCGUUACAUCCACAAAGCAAGCUGCCGCCUUUCCAUUUUUGCGACGAUGCCUUCCUUAGCUCCAUCAUCGGGCGACGCCUCGACCAUUUUGCACUCAAACCCAAGGACUACCGGAAGAUCCAGGACGAGAUCAUCCCGAUCCGCGAGUUUGACCGCUGGCUUGACGAGGAGCUCGGCACCUGCCCGCCCGAGGUCUCGAAAAUGUCCGAGGUGGUGCGCGGCCUGGUUUCGCUCUACAAACAAGCGCAGGAGUCGUCCCGCAUGCGAGAAGGCGGCACCGCUCCUCACCAGGAAGCCUGGGGCAACCCCGAGUUCCCUCGUCGGAUGCAGAAUGCUCUGAGAGGCAUCAUUACCCUCCAGCUUUCGUGUCUGCUGUCGGCCCUUCGCGAGUCAUGCCCUCCGGCUGGAGGCGAUCCCAGGAGAGCACCGCCGACCCAGCGGCUGCUCGCCUCGUGUCCACCGCACGAUCCCGCCCUCGGCCGCGCAGACAUCCCUCCAAACGUGUCUCCUCGGCUAGACCACCAUGCUCCGCUCGGCGGCCACGGUGGCUACAUUCCUCGUCAACACGAUCUCGAUGGUGAAUCGGCUCGCCCAAACAUUGCUGCAGAAAGGCACGCGCUUGUCCCUGAGGUCAAGCCAAGCAUCGCCAACGGCCCCUUCCACGACAAGCAGCAACAGCAGCAACAGCAACAGCAGCAACAGCAACAGCAGCGACAGCAACAGCAGCAUACCCCCUCGCACUUCUCGGACCCAGCUCGCUCGCCGUCGCGGAAACAUCCCUGGUGGGAUGAAUCUCAGAACCCCGCAAGUCAUCUGCACCCAGCUCCGGCUCGCUACCCGCAAGCUGGCGAGCCCUGGGAUAAGGACCAGUCGAUCACCAGUGACUACAUGCCUCACGCGCCGCAGCGAGAGCCUCCAAAGCACCUCGUCGUCUCGGUUUCUGGCCCUGCUCGGAUCGCCACCACACCGUCGCCUUCGCAGACGCGCGACUCGCACGAUGACCUGGACUCCAGCCGCCGAUCGAUCGCACACGACCAGCGCCAGCUUGCCGCCUAUCCUGCCCAGCCACAUGCUUUCGACAACGGCAAGUGGACGCCGACAUCGCUUGCUCCUGAGCAGGCCCGUGACAGCCAGGGUCCAGGUAUCGGUGCGUCUCCAGCCGCAGCGACAGCAGCAGCAGCAACCGCCGCAGCAGGGGCAGGCGCCUCGGCCUACUCGCACGGCGAUGGUCGUCAAGCAAUCAACUUUCAGCCCUUUGGACCCGAAAAAUAUGUCUCACACCAAGCCACACGGCCGCUGGUGAGCUCCGAUGGCCAAUGGCAAGUUGAAGGGCGGUACCCGAACGACGACGAAGACGAGACGCGCGGCCCAAAGGACGGUCCCGAGCCCCUCUAUCGCCCGAGCCAUCCCCAGGACGACUCGGGCAGCACCAACAUUGUGCCCGGCAGUGCGCGGGGCGGCUCUGAAUCCAUGCGUGGUCCCCAUGACUCGAUACAAGCGCCGUCCUCGAGCCCUGCGGGCCUGGGUCCUCCGGGACAAUAUGCGUCGACCUCCCCACACAGUCCCACGCAGUCGCUGCGGAUCUCCAGCACGGGCUACCAUGCACCCCAGCUCCGCCCAGGUGCCUACGACGCCCAUCCACGCUACUACUCGGACCCGAGCACAACUCCAGCCCAAACCCAUGGCCAAACCCAAAGCCCAAGCCCAAGCCGUGGACCUGACGGCGGGCAUCACUCAAGAGCCAGUCCGUCUCGAAGUCAGGGGCAUAGUGCCCGGCCACCGACGUCGGGCGAUCGAGAACACCCUCGCUUUGGGCACUACAACAACGCGGAUCUCUUGUUGGGCCUAGCGUCGGCUGCCUUCGAAGCCGAACGACUGGCCUCGAUUCCUGGGUCUGACCGCUCGGGCUGACGGCGGCCUUCCGGUACCUGUUCCCCGCCCGGGCCUUUGCUCUCGUCCUUGGCCAGGCAUUCGUCGGACUGCCUCCUCCUCCUCCCCAGCCCCGUCCC